AGUAAGUUAGUGACCAGUAUAAGGAUAUAGCAGCAGCAUAACCAGCAUAAGGAACCAUUACAGUUCAGUAUCACCGUUACUGUUCCACUGCAGCUUGGUAUCACUAAAGAAUCCGAACUAAAGGCACCAUGGCUUUGGACGGUGGAAUGAAAUGUGUGAAGUUUCUGCUUUUCUUCUUCAACUUCAUUUUCUGGCUGUGCGGUCUGGCGCUCAUUGUGGUGGGAAUUUUGGCGCUGACAUCCAUCAAGAGCAUUCCAGCGCUGUCCGGCUCUUCGGCCCCGGUCGUGAUCAUCGUGGUGGGCGUGGUCAUUUUCUUCAUCGCCUUCUUCGGCUGCUGCGGAGCCUGGAAGGAGAACCACUGCAUGGUGUCCACGUUCGCUGUCCUGCUCUCCAUCAUCAUCCUGGUUGAAAUCGGAACAGCCAUCGCUGCUUACAUCUACAAGGACAAGCUUCCAAAACUUGUGGACGAAGGACUCAUGCCAAUGAUCAGAGACUACAAUACUAAUAAGGAAUUUCAGGCGGAAGUGGACAAUCUACAGAAGGAGCUGCACUGCUGUGGACUGAAGAACUCCACCGACUGGAAGAAUUACACUACAGACAGCAUCACCGUCCCCGACUCCUGCUGCAGGAACAUCACCAAGAACUGUGGAGUCAAAGCCAUGAACGACAACACAAAGAUCUACACACAGGGUUGUAGCUCUGUUAUUGAGGAGGCCCUGAGGAAAAAUAUUAUCUGGGUUGGAAUAGCGGUUCUGGUUAUCGCCUUCAUCGAGAUCAUGGGUGUGGUGUUCGCCUGUGUGCUGAUGAGAGGGCUUCGCAAAGGCUACGAGGUCAUGUGAUCCCUCUUUUGGAACCCCCCCUUCCUCCCCAAAAAAUAGUGCUGACCAUUAAUAAAUGCCUUGUUGUUCAGCCAAAUUUUAAACCAUCUACAUACAAAAAUGUGCAUAAGUGCCUGGAUUUCUGCUAAAACAACAAACUAAAUAUCCAUUUAAUCAUAGAUAUUCAUAGGUAAGGGGGAUUUCUGCCCAUAUUUUUCACGUGAUCUUAUAUAUUUAUAGUUUUAAUGGCAUUCUUAUACUUUUAGAUAUCUGCUUCUAUGUUUAGAUAUAUUAGACACUGUUGUACGUUUAUCAGUGCAUAUAUUUUACUCUCAGCCUUGUAAGUGAAGCUUAAUGCUUAACAGAAUGUUAAAAAGACGAUCAAUAAACUUUUUCACUUUUCCCUAA